AUGGCCUUGUAUAGGUCUGUCGUGGCUGCAGCCGCGGCUCUGUCGCUGGCAACGCUCACUACCGCCACCAACUAUGAGCUUCCCGCCUGUACCGAUAACUUCACCCCCUUUACCAGCAAGGGCUGUUACACCAACGGAGACACUGCUCUCCUCAUGCGCUCCAAGGUCGAUGGCAAUGACAUGACUGUUGAGAAGUGCACCGCCGUCUGCAAGGGCAACGCCUUCCGAUAUGCCGGUCUUACCUACUACGGUGUCUGCUACUGUGGUGACGAGAUCGCUGCCGACAAGACCGCCGAUGCGUCUUGCAACUAUCCCUGCAACGGUAAUAAGGGGCAGCUCUGCGGUGGAAAGGGCACUCUCAACAUCUGGGAGGAUCCCACUUACACCAAAACCCCCAGCGAGGUCACAGUCGCCGACUACACUUACAGCGGCUGCUACGUUGACAAUGUCAAUAACCAAGGCCGCGCUUUCCCUUGGCCCGAAAGCAUUGAACCUGCCAAAUUCACACCCGAGACCUGCAUUGCUGCCUGCAAGGCACAAGGUUUCCCCAUCGCUGGUACAGAGUAUGCCCACGAGUGCUGGUGUGGCAACGUUCUCUCUCGCACCGUCAAGGCUGCCGAAAAGGACUGCAACGCUCCCUGCGGCGGUGAUUCUUCCCGAAUCUGCGGUGGCGGUAGCCGUCUGAGCGUCUACAUUGCUAAGGAUCUCGAGUCCAACGAGCCAUGCAGUAAUGGAAACCCCCCGACAAGCAGCAGCACCUCGACCGGCCCUACGACUCAACCGACUCAGCCCACCUCAACUGGUCCUUCCACCGGUCCUUCCACUGAGCCUACCUCCACCGGCCCUUCUACCGAGCCCACCUCCACCAGACCUUCAACCGAGCCCACCUCAACCGUCCCUUCGACUGGUCCUUCCACCGGUCCUUCCACGGAACCUACUUCCACCGGUCCUUCCACGGAACCUACUUCCACCGGUCCUUCCACUGAGCCGACUUCCACCGGUCCUUCCACUGGCCCGUCUACUGAACCUACCUCCACCGGCCCCUCCACUAAGCCUACUAGUCCUUCCACCAGUCCUUCCACGGAGCCUACCUCUACUGGCCCUUCCACUGAGCCCACUGGCCCGUCUACUGAGCCUACUGGACCUUCCACGGGCCCUUCUACGCAGCCUACUUCAACUGGUCCUUCUACUCAGCCCACCAGCUCUUCUACUCGCCCUGGCACUUCUACCGGUCCUUCUACUCAGCCCACCAGCUCUUCUACUCGUCCUGGCACUUCUACCGGUCCGUCCACCACCAAGCCAACCAGCUCUUCUACUCGUCCUGGUACUUCUACCGGCUCUACCACUGGCCCUUCGACCAACCCUGGCACUACUACUAAGCCUGGAACCUCGACUAAGCCUACCAGCACUGCCCCUGGCUCUUGCACUACCACGAUCGUCACCCCUCCCACUUGCGAGCACCAGAUUGGCAAGUGGUGCCUGCCUCCCACUCCAGAAUGGACUUGCAAGGAGGACUGCUAUUCUGCUUGGAAACAGUGUGAAGUUACUGUCUACUCUUGCUUCAACCAGGCUGGUUACCCUGACAGCUUGAACUGCUACGCGUACGCUUCGUGGUGCAAGAGUCUCAAGGGCUACUGUGACCGCUGCGAUAACAGCUCCAAGUGCAACAAGCUCGACUGCUGGAAGUCUCUGGAGCCUGGCCACGUUGGAACUUCCACUACCAAGACCGUCACCACUGCCUGCACCAUCGUUCCUACCUCCAACCCUCCCGGUACCACUACAAAGCCGACUACCAGCAGCAAGCCGGUGACAAGCACCAAGACUAGCACUUCUACGACUCAGUGCCCUCCUCAGCCUACCAAUAUCUGCAAGCAACCCACCUCAAAGGACUGCGACUUUGGCCCUGGAAACCCCGUCGGUGGUGUUCCUCUGCCCAUUGUGACUUGCAACGACUGCAAGGAUGACUUUAACGCCAACCCCUGGAAGAUGUACCUGAAUGCCAACAGCAGAAACUGUCCUUCGUUCCCCCAUGGUCGCAUUGGUGGUGUCUGCUGCGAUGCUUGCAAGUACCAAUACACGAAGUGUGUUGAGGUUUAUGCCAACUCUUGCUACAACUUGCAGAACCAGCCCAACUUCCAUCCCCCCCGCUCUAUUGAGGAGCGCGAGCCUUGGGGCUCUUCCUCAUCUAGCAGCAAUGGCUGGGGCUCUUCGUCUUCCAGUUCGUCUGGCUCUUCCUCUAGCUCUUCUGGCUGGGGCAACCCCGGCUGGGGCAACCCUGGCUGGGGCAACCCCAACCCCGGUGUCUGCAAGGGCUGGGGCAGCUACAGCGGUGGUGUUGGCGCGUCUGCGUCGGCCUAUGCCGGCGGCAGUGGUGCCUGGGCCCGUGCCAAUGCCUGGGCCGGUGCUGGUUGGGGCUCUGGCAACAACAACUACAACAAUGCCGUGUACCGCUGCAAGGUUCAGUAUGAUGACUGCAUCUACGAGAACCAGAACGUCAACCCUGUUUCUGAGUGCAGAAGCUGGGGUUGCAAAUAA